AUGGGCUCCGACAAGUCGUACCUCAUCGUCGGUGCCGGCGUCUUCGGCGUGUCGACUGCCUAUCACCUGAUCAAGAAAUAUCCCCAGGCCUCUGUGACGAUCGUCGACCGAGACGCGUACGACGCCGACAGCCGAGUCGCUGCGUCAUGGGACUGGAACAAGGUCGUGCGCGCCGACUACGACGACAUCAUCUACUGCCAACUGGGGCUCGAGGCGCAAGACGUCUUCGAGUCCGACCCGCUCUGGAAGCCGUACUUCCACAAGACGGGCAUCUUCUGGAUCUGUCGCAGCGACUACGCCCAGGAAGUCAUCGACAACUACAGGAAGCUGGGGCGGAAAGCCGAUCUCCAGGCGCUGCCCAUUGAGGAAGCCCGGAAACUGUACGGCGGCCUGUUCGAGGACGCCGACUACACGGACGUCAAGGAGGUGCUGGUCAACAAGACCAGCGGCUGGGGGGCCGCCGGCGACUGCUUACGCGCCGUGACGAAGAAGUGCAUCGAGUUGGGCGUCAAGUACGUGACCGCCGAGGUUACAAGCUUACUGUUGGACGGUGGUCGCGGUCGCGGUCGCUGCGUCGGGGUCAAGACCUCGACGGGACAGAGCCUGAGAGCUUCCCACGUCAUCCUCAGCACCGGGGCAUACACGCCGAAGUUGCUGGAGUUGAGCGCCAAGAGCACUGGGAAAUCCGAUCUUCGCGCCGAGGACAGGAUCGUGGCCGGAGGCAUCACCACGGGCAUGACGAAGCUGGAUGAUGCAAGUUACGGCCGGUUCGCCGCCAUGCCCGUCGGCGUCCAGGGAUAUACUCCUACGGCAGGUCCCUUCAUCGGCAGUCUCCCGCCCACCAAGGACAGAGAGCUCAAAUGGUGGGGCCAGACGAUCUUCAAGAACACCCACGAAGUCGUGCCCGGUCGGUUCAUCUCCGCGCCACCCGCCCAGCCAGACUACGCGCAGUGGGACGUCUCGGGCCGGCUGAAGGAGGACAUCAACCACGCGAACAACGUCUUCUACGGUAGAAAGGGCGCGACGUGGAAGAUGGAAAAGCAUCGCAUCUGCUGGGACGCAUUUACUUCGUCGGGCGACUUUAUCAUCUCCCCCCACGCCGCGGCCCAGGGCCUCUACGUGGCCGCGUGCGGGUCCUUCCACGGCUUCAAGUUCUUCCCCGUGCUGGGCAAGUACGUGGUCCAGAUGCUCGAGGGCGAGCUGUCGCCCGAGCUGAGGGAGAAAUGGGCCUGGGAUCGCGAACGGCCGGAUCCGGCCCUCUUUGCGGAUUUCCCGAGAUUCGAGAUGAAGGACUUGAUAGAUGGCAAGGAGACGUCGCGAGGCAAGGGGCAGGGGCAGUUGAGGGCGAAGCUGUAA